CGCCCCUCGCCCCUCCCACGCCCGUCUUCGGGCGUCCCCGAGGCAGCCAUGAGGUUGACGGCGGUGCUGGGCAUCUCCCAUGGGCGUCUGCGGCGGCGUAUGGGGUUCGGGCCGCGCUCCCGCCUCGACCUGCUGCGGAACCUCGUCACGAGCCUGGUGCGCCACGAGAGGAUCGAGACCACGCGCGUCCGCGCCGACGAGAUGCGCUUCUACGCCGAGCAUCUGAUCGAGCACGCCAAGCGCGGCGACACGGACCCGCAGGCUAUGCGCCUGGCCGACUUCUGGCUGACGGAGAAGGACCUGGUGCCGAAGCUCUUCCAGGUCCUGGUGCCCCGCUUCGCCUCCUUCCAGGGUGGCUACACACGGAUGGUGCGGGUCCCCAAGAACGGCGACCUGGACCGGGCCGAGAAGGCGGUGAUCGAGUACAAGGGCAACCCGCUGCCCCCGUUGCCGUUGCCCCGCCGGGACGGCGACAAGACGCUGGUCAACCAGCUGCUGAAGGGCUACCGGGAGGAGCUGGGCUCGGCCGUCUGACGGAGGAGCCUUCGGAGGGAGAAGCAGCAGCAGCAGCAAAAGAAAAGCGAAACCAAAAGAAAAAGAAAAACUUCCCACGGUCUCCAGCAAAUCGCUAUAAGGAUUCCACGACCACCACCGUCUCUUCAAGUAGAGCCCCCAGUGCUUCCUUCCAUGCUUCAGCCCGUUGCCCGUGAGCCCAUUUCUAAAUCUCCCUAUUGGUCAACUCAAUUCCAGUAAGAAUGACCAAAAAUAAAAACCUUAAUAGUAUAAACUGUA